CAGGAAGUGACUCGGGAGUGGAGCCGGCCCCCGUGAGCGGCAGCAGGCUGAUGGAAGUGGAGUGGGGGCUGGAGAGGGCACCCUACCGAAUCCAGCAUGCUCCAGGGCCACAACCCCGUGUUCCAGGCCUUGCUGGGGACCUUCUUCACCUGGGGGAUGACGGCAGCUGGGGCGGCUCUGGUGUUCGUGUUCUCUAGUGGACAGAGACGCAUCUUGGACGGAAGCCUCGGCUUCGCUGCAGGGGUCAUGCUAGCAGCCUCCUACUGGUCUCUCCUGGCUCCAGCGGUGGAGAUGGCCACGUCCUCUGGGGGCUUUGGGGCCUUCGCCUUCUUCCCGGUGGCCGUGGGUUUCACGCUUGGAGCGGCUUUCGUCUUCCUGGCCGACCUCCUGAUGCCUCACCUGGGUGCAGCAGAAGACCCUCAGACGGCCCUGGCACUGAACUUCGACACUGCAUUGAUGAAGAAGUCUGAUCCCACGGGUCCCACGCUGCUCCUCCCUGAGAGUGAACUCUCCAUCCGGAUAGGUAGCACUGGGCUUCUUCCAG